AUUACAGCUAUUUGUAUUUUCAUCGCUAGCACUGCUGCCAGUGCCCAUUGCGAUUCACUGCGCCCGAAAAGGGGAUAGUGACACAACAAUCUGCUGGGACAUGUACUCAUUUUCGUUUAUUUGAAACACGCUCUAUCGAUAGCUGGUGCCGAUGUGCAGCCAGAGAAAGCGUAAGGAGCCACGGAGAGCGGAUAGUUCUCCGUUCCCACCGUCCUUUAGCUGCUGCCUCUGAUAGCAGCUAACGCAGCUAACACUCCAGUGGAGGUAACGCUAGCUGGCUGGCUGACAGCUGGCCCGGCUAGCUCCGUGUCCUCAGCAGUGCCGUGGAUUUACUCGCUGAAACAAUGACUAGUCUCUGACAUUGAGAGGACCUAGGCCCAGUUGGUUGUCACAUACUGGUGUAGUCAGCCAGAACCCAUAAGUACCAAGGUGGGGGUCUCUACCGUGGUGCUAUUGAGAAUAAGUGGGUGGACAGCACCAACCAACCUGCCGGAUGCACUUUGUUGUGACCUGCAAGAGCUGCCAAUAUGAUGCCGAUGAUAUUGACAGUGUACCUCAGCGACGGGGAACAGGCUGCGACUGAGGUGCCCAUCACCCCUGAAACGACGUGCCGCGAUGUUGUUGAGUUCUGCAAAGAGCCCGGCGAGAGCGGCUGCCAUCUGGCUGAGGUCUGGAGAGGCAACGAGCGAGCGAUCCCCUUCGAGCACAUGAUGUACGAACAUCUGCAGAAAUGGGGUCCUCGCAAACUAGAGGUCAAAUUCUUCCUCAGGCAUGAAGAUUCGCCAACAGAGAGCAGUGAUCAAGGGAGUCAGCAGUCGCAGGAUCAGACGAGUCGCAGAACUGGGAACACUGGAGAGAAGCACAAUGAGAAUGGGGUCGGGAAUCAGCGGGUGGAGCUCACACUGUCGGAGCUGCAGGAGAUGGCAACACGGCAGCAGCAGCAAAUAGAGGCUCAGCAGCAGAUGCUUGUUGCAAAGGAGCAACGUUUGCGUUACCUGAAGCAGCAAGAGCGGCGUCAGCAGCAAACCGUUUCAGAGGGCGAGAAGCUACAGAGGCUAAAGGAACGUGUUGAGACCCAGGAGGCAAAGCUCAAGAAGAUUCGGGCCAUGAGAGGCCAGGUGGACUACAGCAAGGUCAUCAAUGGCAACUUGUCUGCAGAGAUUGAGCAAGUUAGUGGCCUGUUCCAAGAGAAGCAGGCAGAGUUACAGUCGGCUGUGUUGAGGGUGGAGCAGCUCAGCCUGCAACUGGAGGACCUGCGGAGAGGAAAGCUCAAUGGCAUACAGACCACUCUGGGUAGCCAAGUAACUGGCGCUGCAGCCCUAGAGCUCCGUAAACUCUACCAGGAGCUUCAGAUACGAAACAAGUUGAACCAGGAGCAAAACAGCAAGCUGCAGCAGCAGAAGGAGAUUCUGAACAAGCGCAACAUGGAAGUGACGCUCAUGGACAAGCGCAUUAGCGAGCUACGGGAACGCCUCUACAAGAAAAAAGCUGAGGCACGUCAAAAAGAGAACCUCCCUUUAAACAGAGCCAACGGGCCUCCCUCUCCUCAGCCAACUCCUGGGACUCUGGGCCGAGUUGCUGCCGUUGGGCCGUACAUACAAGUCCCUCUAUCGGGCCGACAGGAAGGAGGCUACACCAUGCCGCCAGAGCCACUGAAGCCCCAGACUUUGAGUGUCAAUAAUCAAGCAAAUCAUGGCCGCACCAAGUCAGACGGUCUGCGAAAGCCUCCCAGUCCUUGGAAAGUGUCUGAUUUAGACAUCGUUGUGGACCCGGUAACCCCAUCCCUUCCAGAAUCACACCCAGGCCCUGGAGCCUCCACUGGCUCUGACGGCACGUCCCCUAAUGAUACUGGUUGGCCGUCUGUUGGAAAGACAAACACAACUCUAAAGCCUCCUGAAAGAAGAGACUCUGGGACCGACACCCAGGGCAAAAGCCCUCCCUCAAGCUCCCCCAUCACUCCAAGUGCGGAAAAGGUACUUGAACCCAAAAUGGUUGUCUCUUCCCCCGCCAUAUCCAAGCCACAGCCACCUCCCUACGGCUCCCACCUCUCUUCUGCAAACUCAGCCUGCACUUUGGAGCGAAGAAAGGAUGUACCACCUCCUCCUCGACCACUCCCUCCACCUCCUGCUUGGCCUCGCACUCCCUCUUCCACAGGCUCGUCCUCCCAGCAGAUCCAGCAACGCAUCUCAGUACCACCAAGUCCGACCUUACAGCCUAAUUCUCCGCUUUUCCCUCCCGGCCCAAGUGAGCGGCUUGAUCCACCGCCGGCUGUGGCAGUACGCCCCUUCAUCCCAGACAGAGGGUCACGACCUCAGUCGCCCCGUAAAGGUCCACCUACUAUGAAUUCCAGCUCCAUCUAUCACAUGUACCUCCAACAAGCAGCGCCAAAGAGCCAGCAAUUCAAGCCUGCUCCCAAAGCAGUGUAUGGGAAGCCUGUUCUCCCCUCCAGCUCGACGCCUCCCUCGCCCUUGCCUUUCGUUCAGGCAGGAGGGGCUUUCCCGUUGCUCCAAGGCCAACCCGGCAGCGAUGACACCGUGGAUGGAGAAAUUUAUGAUCACGAGGGCUUCCAGCACCUAGAGCCCUCAGCGCCUCCUCCCAGUGUGGAGAACAUCCCACGACCACUCAGCCCCACAAAGCUAACACCCAUGGUACACUCCCCAAUGCGCUACCAAAGUGAUGCUGAUCUCGAGGUGCUGCGUAAAAAGCUGGCCAACGCUCCGAGGCCACUCAAGAAGCGCAGCUCCAUCACAGAACCAGAGGGCCCCAGCGGACCUAACAUUCAGAAACUGCUCUACCAGAGAUUCAACACCCUAGCAGGAGGCAUAGAGGGGAAUGGAGUCAGUGGAUCAGGAGGAGGCAAUGGUGCAGGUAGUGGAACUCCAUUUUAUCAGCCAGCUAAUCCUCCCGCAUAUACGGGAGGUGAUUCUGUGGCUGAUACAGACAAUGGCAACCUCCCCUCUGGGAUGUCGCUACCGCCACCACCGGGGACAGAGGAGCUGGGCUCCGAGGCUCCACCUCCAUCUACUGACGAUAAUGACAACGACCCGCUGCCUCCACCACCAGAAGAUCUGGAUGAUCCCGCUGAGGAAGAGGGACCAGAAGACAAUAACAACAAUGUGGGAACCUCUGAGCCGUCACUCCCCAGCCCUGUGCCAGAGGUCAGCACUCCAGAGGAGAGCGGCACGGCGGCCUCUCAACCACUGGAGAAACGCACAAACCUCAAGAAACCAAACUCUGAGCGAACUGGUCACGGCUUCAGAGUGAAGUUCAACCCGCUCGCCCUCCUGCUAGAUGCCUCCUUGGAGGGAGAGUUUGACCUCGUCCAGAGGAUCAUCUAUGAGGUGGAAAAUCCAAGCACUCCCAACGAUGAGGGCAUCACACCGCUGCACAAUUCAGUGUGUGCUGGACAUCACCACAUAGUCAAGUUCCUGCUGGAUUUUGGUGUGAACGUCAACGCUGCAGACAGUGAUGGAUGGACUCCGCUCCACUGUGCCGCCUCCUGUAACAGUGUUCAUCUCUGCAAGUUGUUGGUUGAGUCGGGUGCAGCCAUCUUUGCCAGCACCAUCAGUGAUGUGGAGACGGCAGCAGAUAAGUGCGAAGAGAUGGAAGAGGGCUUUAUCCAGUGCUCCCAGUUUCUGUAUGGUGUUCAAGAGAAGCUGGGUGUCAUGAAUAAGGGGACAGUGUACACUCUGUGGAAUUACGAAGCCCAGAACCAGGACGAGCUGUCGUUCAGCGAGGGGGACGCCAUCACCAUCCUGCGACGACAGGAUGACAGUGAAACUGAGUGGUGGUGGGCACGACUUGAGGACAAAGAGGGCUACGUGCCCCGCAACCUGCUGGGGCUCUAUCCCAGGAUCAAGCCUCGCCAGCGCUCCUUGGCAUAGCGUCGUCUCACUCCACUGACCUGUGGCUAACAACUGGACCAGUGACAAAACCAAGUGCAGAGAACAAAGGAGCAGGCUGCCCCAUCUUCUCCCUGUGGCCAUAACCUCCCCUGGCCCUGUGCCUCUGACAAAACCCUUCUCUCUGAAGCCAUGGGCACUGAACUCUGACACACAUAUUUACAUCUACUAAGGCAUAGACGCACAUACGUUGAACCACAAGCACUCCACACACACACACACACAAACAAACCCACAGUUAUUUUUACCCCGAUUCAGUGUCAGCUCUGUAUCAGACAUCCACUUGAAGAAUAAAACACUAACCCUCAUCUCAGUAUUUCUUGCAGUAUUCCCAUUCUCCAGUCAUCUUCAUCUCCCUAAUGAGACCUAUGACGGCACUGGUCUAUAUGACACUAUAUGGUGACUGGAAAAUCACUGUAAAUGGUGAGAAGUUGCUGAUUUGUGUCAGUGUAAAGUAAAAUGUAACUAUUGGGUAUUUAAAUUAUUUUAAUACCAAUUUGAUCCCCCCUGAAUGAAGAAACACUAACACAGAAUAUUGUGCUCUACGUUUGUUGUUAGUGUAGUCCAACCACCAAAGAUAAAUAUGGAUUAAGUAGUUUAAAUUCACUUAAGCAGAAUUGCUGACGUGCGAGAUAAUCAACUGAUUUGCUAUCGGUUAGGAUCAACCGCUCCCAUAUUCUUAAUGGAGCAGAAAACGGAUUUUGUAAAAUAGGAACGUUGUAAAUCCCCAGUAUUGACAAAGCAAAGAUGAACACAGACUCACAGCUCACAAUCAUCACUUUUCAUGACCUUCGAUGCGAGUCAUGUUUGUUUAUUAAGUCGCAUCUGUUCAAGAUGUGUAGCAAGAACA